GUCUGCUGGCAGGGAGGGGAUGGAGCUGAGGGUGGUGGGGGCUGUGGUCCAGCUGCUCACCCAUGAUGUGGUGUGCUGGGGGCCUCCCCACCCCGAUGGCUUCGGAUCAUUGCCGCAGCAUCCCCCUUCCUCUGAGCAUCACCUGCAGGGGAACCCCCAUGGCACCGCUCGCAUCCCGUGUCCUGAGCCACGGCCGUUGUCUCCCUCAUCCCUUUGACAACCACCAUGGCAGCACUCGGGUGUAUUUUUGCCAUUCAGAGCCACUCGUUGCUCAGCAAAUUGGGCUGGGCUCUGGUUUUCAAAGUGACUUCAGGUUGAAGGUCCCAUCUCCUGCAGCAGUGUGCUCCCAGGGACCCCACAGCUCCUCUCCUGCCCCGCCGAUCAGACUUUGCUUUCCCAUAGUGGGAAACAACCUGACUCCACAGAUUUGAGCUGGUCAGGGGGGUUAUGUUGGGCAAGGACUCUGCUUUGGGAACGUUUGUUCUCUGGGCUGCAGGUAACUAAUUCCCAGCUGCUGGCAAAGGGGGAGGGCUGAUGUGAAGCUGGAGAUCCUGGUGGAUCGCUGCUGCUGGUGACUGUCACCCACCUUUCUGGGACCUCAAGGUAGCCGGGGCAGAGAGUCCAUGUGUGGGUGCUGGGGAGUGAGUGGCUCUCGGUAAAGCAUGGGUCUGAGCCAGAGCUGUGUAUGGGUGAGGUGGGGAUGUCCCCAAGCCUAUUGGCAGGGGAUAGCCCCAGAGCCCUCUCGCUGUGGGGCAUCCUCUGCCCUGAGAAGGUCAGGGUGGUGCAGCUUCUGCUGUGUGCCCAGUGACCAGGUUUAAUGCCUCCUCCCUGCCCGGGGAUGGCCUCUCUGCCCAGCCAUGGGGCUGCAGCACAUCCCCAUCCCAAUGAAGUAGGGACCAUCAGUGGAAGGCAUUUCUUGAGCCACAAAGGGCUGGUGGCUGAUGUGCCAUGACGGGAGCUCUGUUGUCACUAAGCCCAUUAGUGCGCAGUGGAGCAUGGAUGGGGGCUCAGAACCCCGUCAUCCUACACAUCCUUCUGAAUGUGGGGCAGGGUGGGCAUCCAGAUGGCUGCUGGGGCAAGCGUUGUGUAGCAAAGGCUUGGUAUGGGAUGAGCACUUAGUUCUGGGGUGUAGGAGAUCCCUUCUGAGCAGGAGGCUGUAGUCCAUCAGGACACGUGCCUGUGCCGUGUCUCCUUGCAAGUGCCUCUGGACAAAGCUGGGGUGAAUAUCCUGCACAAUGCAUCAGGCAUGGGCAGCCAGGAUGGGGCUGUGGGGCUGGUGCCCGUGCGUUGAUGGCCCCAAUGGCUCUGUGGUGCCCAGUCCCACCAGUGCUGCAUCCUCUGGUUUGGUGGGUGCUGGGGACAAGGUGCUGAUGCUGGGCAUGGGAUGCUGCCCCAAGGGUUGGCUGUUGCCUCUGUUCCCCUCCAGGCCUGCAGCCAUCUGUCCUGCUGGUGACAUGGGGCUGGCUGGUGAGUGCCUCACCAGGGGACGUGGGGAAAGGAAUGGGAACUGUUUCUGGGUGGCAGACACCAGUUUGCAUAUAUGUCACGUUCUGGCUUUAAUUACAGUACUGGGAUGUUGAAGGGCCCUGCUGGCGCCUGCCCUGGCUCUGAGGGGGAGCAGGAGCAGCUCAGACCUUUGAUGCCCUGCACGCGGGGAAGUCCCUGUCCCCACCUUGCUAUUUGUCCCCAGCCCAGAGGCAUGUCCCCAUGUGCCUGCGGGGACAGGGCCCAUGCACACCCAUCCACCACGAGGGCGCGUGCCUCUUCAGCCCCAAAUAAUGGUUAUGGCAGUGCUGGGAGGUGAAAGCCGUGCUCAGCCUCGGGCCCUGACAGGAGUGCUCCGAAACCUGCAGAUUAAAGGGAGCCCUUGACCACGAGGCUCUGGCCCUGGGGUGGGAAUGCUGGAAUGCAAGCAAUGCGGGUGCUCCAGAAGGACGGAUGGAUGGAGCAUCCCAGUGUGGCCUGGUGCCUGGGUGGCUGCUCCAGCACAGGUCACACAGGACCCUGCCUCAUCCCCACGAGUCAGGGUGGGCAGUGAGACCCGAGCAUCCCCGAGUGCCUGCUCCCACUGUGCUGGGCACUGGCAACCUCACAUCACUGCAGGGCAUGGACCACUUGGCUCAUCCCGCUGGGGCACAUUGCCCAGGGAGAUCCCGGUGCAGGCAGCAGCUGCUGCAAAUAGCACAGCAAGUGGGUGCUAUCAGUAACGGCAGUGCUCAGGAAAACCGAGAUAAUCUCAGGCCCUCUUAUCUAUUCCAGAGAACCGGGGUUAAGCUGAGCUGGUGGAACAGUGCAAUGUCCGCUUUGCAGUAUGUCUAGCCUCAUUCUGUGUUUUUGCAGAUGCUGGAGGGGCUUCAGAGAGAGCAGGGCAGGGAUGUGCAGUGGGAUGGUUUAAAGGAGGAGAGGUUGGGCAGUGCCAAAACAUUGGUAUCAGUAUUGGCAUCAGAAUUGGCAUCAGCAAAGCCUGGCCGGUGGGUAUGGCUGGUUGUACCCAAAUGAACCAACACAAUGGGGUGCCCCAUCCCUGUCAAUGUUCAAGGCUGGGUUGGAUGGUGCUUAAAGCAAGCUGCUGAGUGCAAGGUGUCCCUGUGGAUGAGAUUUAAGGUCCCUUCCAACCCAGACCAUUCCACCUUAAAGCCACCUCUGUCCCUCUGCAGCCCUGACCCCUCGGGCUGGCUGUCAGCGCAGGCAGCGCAGGCAGUGCAGGCAGUGCAGGCAGAGGGGUGCUGCAGCCGUGGGUGUGUGAACGCUGGCUCGGCAGGGAUGUGUUUUGGGGUCUGGACCCCCAUGGCCCCGGGCAGCUCAGUCUCUCCUCUGCGGGAAGCCGGCAGCUGCUCCAACCGGUUUGUGGGUCUGGGCGGUGACACCUCCUGCCCGAGGCCUGGCGGAGGGCUGGGAGCACUGGUGCAGACGCCAAGCAACAAACAAGAGCUGCUUGUGUCCUGCCUGGGCACGGAGCCCGGCAGUGGGGCUGGGACAGCAGGGCCAUGGGGGGCCGGAUUGCUGCUGGAGCUGAGGGGAAACUGAGGCACGAAAGAAUGAAGAGACCCUAUCCAAGUGAUGGGGCAGGAGGGGUUGGCAGUGAUGGCAGAGACAUUUCUCCUUCAGCAUCCCAGGCUGAGCCCCGGUGGCUGCCGUUGGCAUCUCCUGCCCACCUGUGAGCAGCAGUGGAACACGUUCCCCUGCCUGGGUGGCCUGAUCCCCGUCGCUGGCAUCCUUCUCCAUGGGAGCAGCCGGGAUAUUAAGUGUCAUUGCUGCAGGGAGAAAUGAAUGCAAGUGGAAGAAUCCUGGGAAACUGGUUUUACCCCUCGGUCCGGUGCUGGCGGCAGGACGGCGGCAGUGGUGGUGCUCCUCCCUCGGCAAAGGCAUAUAAUGCCUGCCGUGGUCCCACGGCCGGCACUGCGCUGUGGGAGGCGGGCAGGGGUGCAGGCAGCAAGCGAUGGCCUCCAUGGGGCUGCAGGUGCUGGGCAUUGCUCUCUCCGUCAUCGGCUGGUUGGCAUCCAUCCUCUGCUGCGCACUGCCCAUGUGGAGGGAGACGGCCUUCAUCGGCACCAACAUUGUGGUAGCCCAGAUCAUCUGGGAAGGGCUGUGGAUGAGCUGCGUGGUGCAGAGCACGGGACAGAUGCAGUGCAAGGUCUAUGACUCCAUGCUGGCAUUGCCGCAGGACCUGCAAGCCGCUCGUGCCAUGGUGGUGGUGUCUAUCAUCUCGGCCAUACUGGGCACCCUGCUCUCCAUCACUGGUGGCAAAUGCACCAACUGCGUAGAGGACGACACCGCCAAAGCCAGGGUCAUGGUCCUCUCUGGCAUCAUCUUCAUCAUAUCCGGCAUCCUCAUCCUCAUCCCCAUCUCUUGGUCAGCCAACAGCAUCAUCCAGGACUUCUACAACCCUCUGGUCACCAACUCACAGAAGCGGGACCUGGGCUCAUCCCUCUACGUGGGUUGGGCAGCCUCGGCACUGCUGCUGCUGGGGGGGGGGAUCCUCUGCUGCUCCUGCCCGCCCCGUGGAGAGAAGCCCUACUCUGCCAAGUUCACAGCCGCCCGCUCGCUGCCAACCAGCAACUAUGUGUAGGAGCCGCUGCGCCUGCCUGGACCCGUUGCACCAGGGACCCUCCUGCCCGGGCUGGGGACCGGCGGAGAGCAGCCCCACUGCGAGGAGGGCAGACAGAGCUGCCUUUGUUCCACGGGGGAUUGAAGCUGGUCCUUCAAUCCCAGUUGAGUCGGGGAACAAGGAGCUCCUGCUCUGGUUGCCCACCCCGGUGGGGGUCCCGCUCCCCACGCAGCACCCAGCAUCCGAGGCACCACCCGAUCCCCUCCCUGGAGCAUCUCCCGGUAUCGGGGUGUGCCGCAUGGUGACACAGCUCCCGGGGCCGGUCCUGCGGGUGGCACAGGACGCUCAAUGGGUAAAACCUCCCCUGGGAUGUGUCCCUCGUGGUGGGGUGAUGGUGAUGGUGGGACGGGAAACCUGUCCCGGUGGUCAUGGGGACACGGUGGCUCUGCAGACCCCAUAGGGUUUUGAGGGGCAGCAGAGGCUCUCUCCUGCUAGAACCCUGCGUUGUGGCUGACCUAGUUUUAGGGCUCGCAGUGGCUCUGCUGAUGGGAUUCUGGCAGCAGCUCCCUGGGGUGGGAGCGUUAUUAUCCUGGGAGUGGGAAGGCAGUGGCUGGGCUGGGAGAACCGGUCAGGGACUGAAGCAGGGCUGUGCACACACACAGCCCGAUCCAGUCCUGUGGGGUGCACCCAGCCCCAUGGUCCUGCUUGGCAUUCCCCAAGUGGGGUGCUUGGGCCAGGGGUGGGUGGCUCGUGAUGCCCCCUGUCCUGCUGCCCUCCAUCCCUUCCCACAUUAAACGGGCAGCUGCUCAGA